UCUUAUUUUUAUCUAUUUGUUUAUUUCUCGCUUUUCCCUUUCUUCUCCUCCUCUCUCGUCUUCCGCCACCUCCAUUCCGUCCCUGAAUCCCUGAUCCCUCCCGGAGCGAGCUCAGCUCGAUCUUCCCCGUUCCCUUCUCGAGGCGAGGCGGCUGCUUCCCUCAGUCUCCGGCUCGGCUGCCAGCCGCAUUCGUCGGAUCCUCUCCGCCGUCCGCGCAAGCAACCCCUCCAGGCAUCAUUCCACACUGAUACAAGCCAGCCAAGCCACCCUGGAUCGGAGGAAGGAGCUCUUCCUCCCCUUGCCUGCCGUGGGCUGCAGAUCCGCACGGACCUCUGCCUGGGCUCAUUCCUUCGUCGCCUUCUCGCAUGCUUCUUGAGAACCUUUUUGUGCGACGUCAAAGUAGCAAUUGAAGAUAAUCUACAGAGUAUUCAGUUCAUACCAUUUUGGCCCUUUGGUGUUCUGCAUCAGAUUUGCAGCAACCUGCACACAUUCAGUUCAUGGUGGCUGGAUGAGCAGCUGAAAUGCUACUGGCUGUGGAGGGAGGAGGGUUUUUCUCAUCAUCAGCAUCAGGAUAUAGCCAUGGCCUUGCUCUCUUGCUGCUUGGACGGAAAAGUGAAGAGAAGCACGACAAGGGAUCUCCAUGCAGUCAUUACCGACUAGUAGGUCAAGAAGCUGAGCAUGAAUGCCCAGUGCCUUCAGGGAAAAAUGAUGUCCCUGGUAAAUGUGCUUCCUUUAUCUGCUUUGGCUGCACGCCUGCUAAGCUUGUGGGGGCAUCUCCUCCAAAAUUGGGUUCAAGUAACAUCCCUGGGAGUUCAUCAGAACAACCAUCCAGCUCAUCAACUGGGACUGCAACAACUAAUGGUUCCAUCAAUGGAAGUGGGAGAAAAGGUUGUCUGAAGAACAACCCGAGAAGGGAUUCUUCAGAGCGUUCAACAUUAAGUUGUAGUGAGGAGCCGCGUGAGUCACUGGAGGAGGUGCAAACCUUGAGAUCUGGUAUGGAGCGGAGAAAAGUUCAGUGGACUGACGCAUGUGGGAAGGAACUUUUCGAGAUAAGAGAAUUCGAAGUCAGUGAUGAUGGCCUGUCUGAAGAUGAUCUAGAAAACGAGGGUUUCAGGAAAUGCGAGUGUGUGAUUCAGUAAUCUGGGCGUCUGCAAAGUGCCUUGGCCAAGACAGUGCAGUGCCCCACGGGAUGUUGAAGCUCUGGUUGGUCUGAUCACGACAAGAUGCAGAGCUGAGCUGCUGGCUUCGUGGCAAUCAAGCCAAACUGAUACUCAAGGAGGAAUUUGGGGUUGUAUUACUUUGGUUCUCAUGUUGAGUUAGUGCACAUAAUGUCUAGGGCUACAAUUUUGCCAUCGUUGAUUACUUUUCAUCUUCGAGUUCUCCUGUCCAAUAUAUCGCCCCUGUUCUUCUUUUCUUGUGUGGCCUGCUGCGCUAUCCUGUUGCGUGCAAUAUGUAACUGCUCGUUCAUUAAGUAGUAGCUGAGAGGUGUUGUAUU